UGAUAAAACAAAUCCCAUAAAGCUAAGAUCAUAUACAGCUUUAUCCUCUCUCUCUCUCUCUCUCUCUCUCUCUCUCUCUCUCUCUAUAUAAAACCCUGAUUCUCAUUUGGACACACUACUCAGAACAACUAUAGUAACAUCCUGCAGAACAAUGCCUAGCACUUUAUUUCAAUCCCCUAAUGUAGAGAUCUACUCCAGAAGGCUUCUGCUUCAGACCAAACUCACCACACAACCCUCGGCGGUCGAAAAGCGGGUCUCGGACGUUGGAGACGGGUCGGAAUUCGGCGAAUUCGGAAGCAAAUUCGACAACAAUGCAGUCAUGAUCCUCGCCGUCCUCCUCUGCGCCCUCAUUUGCGUACUGGGGCUCAAUUCCAUCGUCCGGCUCACGUUCCGGUGCUCGAGCUGUGUGUUGCUGGGGCAUGGGCAUGAGCCUGAGCCUGAUCCUGAGCCUGAGCCUGAGCCUGAACCCAACCAGGCGGCCAGACGAGCCCAAACCGGUUUGAAGAAGAAAAUCCUCGAAGAAAUGCCGGUUCGGGUCUACUCGACCGGCCUAAAGAUCCAGGGCGCGGAACCAGAAUGCGCGAUUUGUCUCACGGAGUUUGAGUGUGGCGAGCCGGUUCGGGUCCUGCCCGGGUGCGACCACGCGUUCCACGUCAAGUGCAUAGACCGGUGGCUUCUGGCGCGGUCGUCGUGUCCGACGUGCCGACAAUGCAUGUCGGGUGCAGAGAACGAGAGGUCCGAUUGCGACGAAAUGAAUCGGUUGGGUUCGGAACCGGUUCGGUCGGUUUUGGUUCCGCUUGAACCGGAGGGUUUCACUACCGAUUACGAAUUUUAGAGC